AUGGCCGUCACAGAGAGCAAGGCAAACUUCUCUUCGAGGGCGAAGGCUCUUGGAUUGGAGGAUCCGGUGUUGGUGAAGUUCGUUGACGCUGGCAUUGAUUGCAUGAGCAAGUAUGCUUUCCUGAGCUCAUACGUGCCCGGGAGCACGGAUGAGAGCCCAUUCACUGCUGCCAUCGUCAAAGUGCUUGGGCGCGACCCUUCGAUUGCGGAGCUCAGUGUGCUUCGCCGCUUGCUGCAUGAGAGCUACAACCUAACUGUUUCUGAAUUGCAAUCACAGGUUGAAAGGACCGAUGACUCUGCCCCGAGAAAGCUCGCAGCGCCCGACCGGGCCGAUAGGUUGCAGCGACAGCAGGUUCGGCUGAGUGGUUUGACGAUCCACGGCCCGACUCUUCCGGGUCAUGCCGUGAUUGAGCGUUCAGAUGUACGAGGAGAACGUGCUUCAUUACUUGCCGCCUCAGUCGUUAAGUUCAAGAAGGAUCGCGAUGAUAAGAUGUUGUCCGUCGAUGGUGCCGGUCAUGUGUCUCUACGCACCCAGGUUGCGAAGGUUGAUGCUGAUGUGUCCUCAGACCUUCUCCUCAAGCUGGCAUUGACCCGUCGAGGUUUGGCCCUGGACCAAGCAGGGAUAGUCACCUUUUCGGAGCACGAGCGGUGGGUGGAAGCACUUUUUACCGCGCGUUUCAGGGAUCCGCCUGACAACUAUGCACGUGUGACUUUGCAGCAGCUUAUGCAGGCUGAUCGGCAGCUGUUUGUUGAAGCAGCAGAUCGCACCCGGCAUGGAAUCCAACUUGUUUCUGACGGGAAGCCGGUUGAUAAGAUUUGGAGCGAGGCGAUGACUUGCAAUAAUGUCACUCACCUUUUGCAGCCUUUGGUUGCCGCCCCGCCUGCUCCUUUCAGGCCUGGUCCGUACGACGACAGAAGGUUGCUUGGGAAGUGGAUUGAGCAGUCAGAUGUUCUUAAGCUUUUCGAUUGCCUCCCGAAAGCUGCGCCGCAACGUGGCUCCGGUGGCGGCAUCUCCUUUACCACUGGGGCCUUUGCCAAGGUUAAGGUGGGACUCCGGAGCAAUGUUGCCGUUUUUCCAAAGUCUACCCAGGUGUUGGCUGCUUUUGUAAGGCAAUCAGCUCCUGCACACAAGUUCACUACCGUAGUAAUUUUUGAUGGUGUUCGCACAUCCCCGCAUCGUGACCAGCAGAAUUUCUUCUUGCCAAAUUUGGCCAUCCCCUUGUCAAGUUUCGCUGAAGGUUCGAUUUGGGUGCAGUCCAGCAAGGGUCCCCAUGCUCGGACCGUUGAUGGUUCAACUCUUCAAGGGGUGGCAUUGCCUGUCUCGGACGGGCCUGUUCUCUUCGAUGCACGCAGGCAGAUGCACCUCACUGAUGUGUGGCAGGGAAGGCGGGUCAUUUUGGUGGCUUUUUCAAUUUCUGCCUUUGAUAAGCUUUCCUUUGAAGCAUCGCAACGCUUGAUUUCCCUUGAUUUUGCACUGCCAACCGCGCCAGAGGUCGAGCAUUUCCGUGAGCACCCGCAGUUGCCAGCUCGCUUGCCUUGGCCGCCGCGUUUUCCUUUGCUGUCAGGGUCACCAGGUUCUAAUCCCGCGACCGAUGUGCCGGGUCACAAAGACCCUCUUUUCCUUGAGCUCUGUGCUGGCACCGCCAUGCUCUCUCGUUGCUUUCGUGAAGCGGGUGUUCCCGUAAUGCCCAUUGACCACCAGCACAACCGCCAUCACCCGUUGGCGCAGGUUUGCAAUCUCAGCUUGACGGAGGAUUCCACUUGGGACUUCUUGCGCAACUUGGUUCGUGAUCAUCCUAUACUUUUUUGUUCACGCUGCCCCGCCUUGUGGCACAUGCUCAGCAGCACGUAA